CAAAUACGAGACGAGAGAAACAAUUUGUGGUCCAUAAGCGCCGCUUUGGCCAUUUGCGAUGCUGUUGUCAACGUCAGCUGUGCUAUUUUGAUAGAAAGAGAGCGAGAGAGCCAGCAGUGGAGUUGAGAAGAGACAAGCUAUUGGGCCUUCAUUCCCAUUCCCAUUCCCGAACGCUUUCAAAAAUAGUAGGGCCCAAGCAUGCGAUUCAAUAGAUUGGAGUUAGCUAGCUUGGCAACCAAUCCCGCAACCAGAUUUGACAAAGAAGGUCUGCUGACAAUCACUGAGCGACAGGAGGGAAUCUUUUGGCGCACCGAUGUUAAACUGGAAUGCUGGUGCAAAUUGCGUGGAAAUUUGCUGUUCUAUUUGAAGGACAAGAAUCCAAAGUCCACAGUUGCCGGUGUGCUCGUCCUGCAGGAUUGUCAGCCGCGUAUACAGCAUGAGGAGCCCGAACUGGAAGGCUACGUCUUCGAUUUAGAUUUUAAGGACAGUCCCUCGCAACGGAUUGUGACGCAGAGUGCGUCGGAACGUCUGGAUUGGGUACGGAGCAUUGAGGCUUGUUCGAGCGGACAGAUAAACCGGCAGAUAAGGCAGCUGGAGCAACAGAUAGCUGCCGCCACAUCCACCACCACCAAGAGUACAAACAUCACAUCCAUGGGCAAUCGCAUUGAUCAGGGUCUGCCGUUGCCAUUGUCCUUUGAAGAAGAACCCUGGCCGGUGUCGGUGUCGGCGCCCUUUGAAGAUUUGGGGCUCUCGGAGCUCUCAGAGUUGCCCAUAUGCGAGACGGCCAUAUCCUGUGAUAAUCUGCCGCUGGACGGUUUCGGUCGUGCGCCAAAUCCUCGCGUCAUCUGCUCGGUGCUGCAGCCUGGCGAGGAUUGCAUUUGGCGGCAGUUUGCUCGCACUGAGCUCCUGGAGCGCACAAGGACACCGCAAUUUCUAUGCACCAUGCGAUUCCUGCGCAGUGGCGGCUUUAAAACAUCCACGAGAUUGAGAUUUAGUGUUCAAGAUGUGCGGGAACGUGUUUCGUUGACAUCGUUGCCUUUGGGGCAUGCCGAGGUUGCCCUCGGUGUCAUUCAGGAUGCGACGCGACUUCGUUUGCCAUUGAGCUCGCCGCAUGGUGAAUGUGGCUUCAUUACACUUGCCUCCUGGGCACCCGAGGCAGCCUCCGAGCUCUCCCAGUCCAGCAAUGCGAUGGGCCGAGGUGCAACGGGAUUGCUGCAACCGCCGCCACGUUCCAGCACACAGAUGUUCGACCAGGCAGCGGAUAGGGGCAACUCUGGCACCAGGCAAAAGGGCCAUCGACGCACUCAAUCGUUGCCGCCGAAGCUGGGCGUCCGUCUGUUCGUGCCACAACAGUGUGGCGUGGAACGAGUCUGCGCUAAUCCUCGCCUGCAUUCAUAUCGACUGCAUUCGUCACUGGGUGCGGAUAUCAGUGUGCUGGAGACGAUGCUGGAGUCGCGUUUGUGCUGUGCCGUGCCACAGCAGUUGCUGUCCAUUUGGAUACAGCGGGAGAAGGAGCUGCUGCAGGAGAUCUCCGGCAUGGGAGAGUUGAGCGGCGAGUGGCGCUGGCGUCAAAUGAAUCUGCUCGAAGAGCAUCUUCGCCUGCUCAAGGACUACUCCCAGGCCAAACAAAAUAUCCAGCAGCUGAUGCGUGAUGGCAUCUUCUACAAACGUUCCGCAACCAAAACCGAUGAAUCUCUCGAAUUUCUGCCCGUCAAUCUGCACGUGCAACGCAUGUGGGCCCAGAAUGAUACGCUCCAACGUCGUGGCGUCCUGGACAUCAUCACAGUGGGCGCCUUUACCCGACACGAUGCCAAGGGCCGCAAGUGUGGCGGUCUCAUCAAGCUGCUGCAGGAGAGCAAAGCAUGGAAGCUGGAGCAGAGCAAUGCUUGUAAAGUGCAGGCGGCAAAUGAUACAGUUCAGGCCACGAAGCAGCUGCGCAAGGAGAUUGUGGAGCUGAUGUCGCAGCUGCUGCAGUUGGCCAGCAGACGGAGUGCCAGAGAUAUGAUGCCGUUGUGCAAUGAGAUGGUGGUCAAGACGAGAACGUUGCUCAACAUUUGGGAGCCGAGUAUUGUGGAGGAGGCGAUGACAUUCAUAGAGUGUCAUCGUAUCAUCGAGGAACCGGACAAUGUGCUAAUGGAGCCCAUGUCGCCGUUUCGCAAGAUCACACAGCAACUUAGUGCACUGGAGUUGAAGUCACCAGAGUUGGAGGACUUUGCCACACCGGUGGUGGCACCACCAGAUCUUUGGCCACGCGGCCAGCCAUUAAUGCGUUCCAAUAGCUGGCAUCCAAGCAACACAUCGCCGUCCAGUUCGCUGGACAUCAAUGCCAUCGAUUCGCUGCAGCAUGUGGUCAAGUGCUACAAUGCGCAUCUGCGCAGUCUCGAACAGCAGCAGGAUCAGGCGGCGUCUCUGACUCCGACUGAGCUCGAAGGCGAGGCCACAUAUCAAUCACUGCCACCUAGCUGGCAGGGCGCUCCAGGAGCUGCUCCGCCCCUGGUUGCUGUGAAAGUGAGAGCGAGACAGCCGCCAGCUGGUUUCCUGGACACCAAGCUGAUGAGCUCCUCGCCAUCGGCAAACUAUUAUCGGCCCACAGAGGAGCCGGAGCCCCUUGAUCUGACCCAAUUGAACAUCGAGGCAAGCGUCAUGUGUCUGGUCAGCAAACUAAAGUUCUUUUGUGGUCGCUGUGACAGUCCCGCCAUCCGGUUGCGUCAUCCCAAGGCGCCCAUUAAACGCGAGGGAUUCACAGUGGUGCCACAGCAGACACCGGAUGUGAUAGCUGCCCCCAAGGAGCAGCCACAGCAGCUGAAACUUGAUUUGACACCACAACCAGCGCCAGGAUUGGCUGCGGCUCCAACAGCCAAAAAGGGUAACAAAUUCACCGAUGGAUUGGAUCUAUCGCUGACCACCGACUGGGUUGGUGAACUGCGUCCCAGCAUGCGUAAGCUACGUCAUGCCAUGGAUCGUCUGCUGAAAACCGCGAGACUGAUGCACUCCGUGCAGCGUCUACAGCAGGAUGUCCGCUGCAAUCGACUCCAGGCGAGCAUCAUGUAUCGACGCGAUGUCUGCUUCUCCCAGGCGUUAACUGCCUUGGUGAGUGGCCUGAUGCUUCGGCUGUGGGGCAGCGAACUGGACAGCGGGUAUAUGAGACUGCUGCGAGAGCUGGGACCAUUGGCGUACUUUGAGGGAUUGCUGUCGCUCUACGGGGCAGAGACGGAUAUGUGGAGUGACAUGUGUAUUGCCAUUGAGGAUUUGUCGUCGGUUAGCUUUACGCUGGUGCAGGCACAGCCGGGCGAGGCGACGCCCAUGCCGCGCAUAACGGGUUCUCGUCAGGCGCUGGAAGUGCUGUUGCCCGUGCCGGAGCAUGUGCUGACUAACAGCUGCUCAGUGUCCAGCUUUAAGAUCACGCCCGUCUUCUUCAACAUUGGCAUUAACGAGAAGGCCACGUUGGGUCAGACACGGGAACAGCAUCGCUCCAAUUUGGACAACUAUUUAAGGCUUAAUCAAUAUUUUAGUCGAUAUCGCAAGCUGGGAUUAAAUGCUUCAGCUGCGGCGGAUGUCAGCUCAUCGGAACUGGAGUCCCUACACUCGGUGCUGGGCUUUAUGGACCAGCAGCUGCGCUCCAAUGUCACCAAAAAUGUAAAGAUUCUGCAUCUGGCCGAGGACGCAUGUCGAUUGAUGGGCGGACUGCGUUUCACAUCAUGCAAAAGUGCCAAAGAUCGCACCGGCAUGGCGGUUACCCUCGAGCAAUGCCGUGUCCUCGUGCGGGAGUUUCAGCUGCCGGCUAAACAUGUACCCUAUGCGCUCAGCACCAUGAGAAGCGAGGGCACACGAAUGGACAAUGUAUUCAAGAAUAUUGGCAAGCACAAGUAUGCCUUCAAUUUGCCACAGGUGAUCAUGCUUCCGGCCAUGUAUAGGCCACCAGUGGGCGCCUAUGGGAAAGCCCAGACCUAGGUGUUCAACCUCAACUGCAAACGCAAUCGGAAUGGGAAUCGCAAUCGAACUUCCAGUUAAAGAUCGUUAAAAAUCAUUUUUAGGCUAAGUCAAAUGCAACAUACGAGUACUUAUGAGAAACUUAUUAACAAAACACUGUGCCAAAAAUAAACAAAGAAACGAAACAAACGUAAAUUAAUCAAAACAUAAAAAAAAACUUAUUAAAUACAUAUUGUCUCAGAACUGUAUCGUCUGUUAGUACUUAGAAAGGGAAAUGAUUGUUAUUAAACGCAUCAAAACGAAACAAUUCCGUAGAGUUAGCUUUCUUCAAUUAUUUAUGUUAACGUAUUUAUUUUUAGACUAUUAUGUAAUUCAUACACAUAUUACUUAUAGAGGCGCAACAUGUACUUCAUUGUUUCAAUUCAUGUACUUCCAGCAAAAAAAGAAAGCAACUUGUUAACCAAAUAUAAAAGGAAACUAAACAACGAUU